AUCUUUCAGAGAAGCAGGAGAGUUAACGAUUGAAAAAGACAUCCAGUGCAAAAGAAAAACAGGUUUCUUCAAGAUGAUUUUCAUUUUGGUAAUAUUUUCACUUCUUUCGACCGCAAAGUCGUCUAUUAGGCCAUGGAUAGAUAUUUGUAGAACGAUGCAAUAUGAUCCUCUCAUUGACACGUGCUGCAAUGGAAUAAUUCAUUUUGGCAGUGGAAGAAACUGUUGUGGAAUCACUUCAUACGAUCGUAACUUUUAUACUUGCUGUAAUGGCAUACUACAUCAGGGUAAGGAAAAGAAAUGCUGUGGAACUAAAUUAUAUGAUCCAGACUUGAAUACUUGCUGCAAUGGAGUACUCUAUGACGGUAAGGGCAAAAGCUGUUGUGGAACUAAAGAAUAUGACCCUGAUUUCACUACGUGCUGCAAUAGAAUUAUCAAUUUCGGUAGAGGCAAAAAAUGCUGUGGAACUAAAGCAUACGAUCCAGAAUUAAACACGUGCUGCAAUGGAAAAAUCCUCUUUGGUAGUAAUAAAAAUUGUUGUGAAACGAAAGGGCACAACCCUGACAUAAACACAUGCUGCAAUGGAGUAAUUCAUGAUGGCAAGGGGAAAAGCUGUUGUGGAAAUAAUGUAUACGACCCUGAUUAUAAUACCUGCUGCAAUGGGGUUAUCAAUUUCGGGAGAGGCAAAAAGUGUUGUGGUACUAAAGCAUACGACCCAAAAUUAAACUCAUGUUGCAAUGGAAAAAUCCUGUUUGGUAGGGGAAAAACCUGUUGUAAAACUAAAGGUUAUAACCCCGACUUAAAUACAUGUUGUGAUGAAGUCAUUUAUGAUGGCAAGGGAAAAAGCUGUUGUGGAUCUUUUAUAUUCGACCCUGAAUUUAACACUUGCUGCAAUGGGGUUAUUCAUUUUGGACGAGGCAAACACUGUUGUGGAACUAAGACAUACGACCCAGAAUUAAACACGUGUUGCAAUGGAAAAAUCCAUUUUGGCAGCGGCCAAAAGUGUUUGUGACUGGUUAAA